AGACCCACACCGAGGCGUUCCGCCUCUCCUCCGCGGCGCGGCGAAAGGGGGAGCUCCUCUACGCAACCUGCCUCGCAAACCUUAGCAGCUCUUCCCGUAGCUUCCUCACCGUCGGCCGCCUGCACUUCCUGCUCUGCCCGCAGUGCCUCCUGCAACACCAGCGGCAGUUUAGGCGCUCGCUCCUCUUCUCCACGGCCAGACGCUCCGUGCGUGGGGAGGCGCAGGGAGGAAGACACCUACCGAGCACAGCUUCUUCGCCUUCUCCCCUCCGGGGAGGGGGGUUGCCCUCCUGCUAAGCCGGCCCGCAGGAAGAGCGGGCCUUGCAGCUUAAAGAGGACAAGGCGGCGUGGGGCGAGGAAGAGAUUUGUAUCUUCCCUUUGAGAUGGUGGGACUAGGAAAUAGCCGUCGCGGGAUGAAGUCUCCACCUCUCCUAGUGGCAGCACUUGUGGCUUGUAUAAUAGUGCUGGGAUUCAAUUACUGGAUUGCAAGUUCCCGGAGUAUUGAUUUGCAGAAUCAUAUAAUGGAACUAGAAGGCAGGGUUCGCAGGGCAGCGGUAGAACAAGGUGCUGUAGAACUAAAAAAGAAUGAAUUCCAAGGAGAACUAAAGAAACAAAGUGAACAGAUUGACAGAAUUCAGACCCUGCAUAACUUCCAGAUGGAAAAUAACAACAAAAUGCACAUGGACGAGAAGGCAAAGCUACUGAACAACAUUACAAGAAAUGAGGGAUUGAUCCAAACUCUUAAAGACAACUUGAAAGGUCUGCAGAAGGAAUAUGGAAGGCUCCAACAGGAUGUAUACAGGUUUCAGAAAAACCAGACUCACCUUCAGAAGAAAUUUACAUAUGACAUGUCUCAGUGUAUCAGUCAGAUGAUGGAACUGAAAGAACAAUGUGAAGAAAGGAUAGGAGCAAUAAAAAAAGGCAAUGGGAUACCGGAAGACAAGAAAAAUGAUAUUUCAAAUACAUCAAAUAAAAAUUAUCAAGUGAAUAUUCAAGAGCCAACAAAUGAACAACCAGAGUUCCAGCAGCAUGACCUGACAAAACAGGGAAAUGAACUUCAAGAAAAACAUCACAUCUCUGUUGAUUCUUUGAAACUAGAAGUAUCAAACCCAACACCACCCAUCAUAAAAAAUGUAGCAGAACUGGUUUACCAAAGAGAAAAAGGAAAUGAUGAUGCUGUCAAUAAAAAGGAACCCAAGGAAGAACUCCCUAUUGAUCAGGACCACCCACAAAUACUUGCUAAGCCUAGCCAAGACAAUAAAGAACUGCCCCCAGAACCAGGAAUAGAACAGAAUCCAUAUGAAGAGGUUAAAAAUGUACUUGGUGAAGUUGCAGUAGAAAGGCAGACUGGCAAACUCUCAGAAGCUGUGAACCAUCAAAAUGCCAAUCAAGCACAAGCAGACGAUGAAGAAGUUGAACGAGAACAUCUUUUAAAUGAUGAUCUGCAGCAAGAUGAACAGGAGACCAGAAAGGAUAGUGCAUUUGGAAUCAAAACAGUAAGCCAGAACAACAUAGGAGCAGACUACAAUUUUGAAAUGAAUGAGGCAGAAUCUGAAACUGAUAAGCAAGCUGCUCUUGUUGACAAUCAAAGUAACUUUAAUGCCCAGAAUCUUGAAGAUCCCAACAUGCAAAACCACUUAUUUAAGCUUGGUGAAGAGCAUCAACAGAGGUUGUGAAUAAUGAGUAGUCGAGGGCAGAAACAAACACUGAGACAACGCUCUUCAAAGCUUGAAAAAUUGAACUGAAACUGAUCAAUUUAGGGUAUAUUUAAAUCAGUUUUGACCUUAUUAACUUGUCUCCUCACUCGAAAUGUUGGUAUUCCUAUGAACUGUGCCAUGACAGCAUUUCAGGAAGAAGCCUUCUGUAUGGAAUCUCUACUCUUCUGGUUUUCCUUGAACUAUGGCAAGAAAUCCGAGCAAGUUGUCUAGCUACAAAAAAUGGAAUUGUUUAGACAGACUUUAGCUUUAGAAUACCUUUGUUUUCCUUUGGUCAUAUCACUCAGUGAGACUGAUCUGUCCAUAUAUUACCAGUUUUCAGUUCACAAAGAAGUGAACAUAAGAGAAUGGAUUUUGUAUUUGUUUUCAUAGCAGUUUCCUCCAGGAACGAUAUCCUAGACCUAGAGCAUUCUAGGGCUGCACUCCUAUAAAUGCUUGUUUGGACAUAAGUCUUAUGAUUAAAUGGGAUUUACUUACCAAGUAAAUAUGCAUAAGACUGAGCUGUAUGUGUAUUUACAUCUCUGCUACUUAAAAUUAUAAGUUAUCCACUUUGAAAAGCAGGACUUGGUAAGAAUGUUAUCCCUAUGCUAUAGGAAUCCUGGAUUUUGGUAAAGCAGUUUUCAAACACUGACGUUCUUGCAUACAGGAGUAGCUGACCACAUGAUUUAUGAUCUUAUUGCAACUUGAAUACAGGGGGAAGAUUAAUCUACAAGUCUCAAAUUUGUUUGCUGCUACUUAUGAAGUAUCUUACUUAAUACUCUAAUCUUAUAAUAAAUAGGAAACAGCAUGGUGCUAUACUGGAACCAAUAUAGGUCAUAGCACCAUACCUGUUGAAAUUCAUCCUUGAAUGCAAUGGCCACACAAAUAUGUCUUGACUCCUAAAGAUAACAGGAACAGAGUGCCACAAGCUUGUUACCCCAGAAGAUGAAUUUCAACUAAUUACUUCAAUGGGUUCCCCCUCCAAAUUUAACUACUAAUGAUUAUAUCCGUUUGAUUACCUUGUACAAGUAUUUUUGAGCCAGUGGGAAGCAUUUUUCAAAUUCUCAUUCCCCUUGAAAACCUUUUCUGGAAAGUCUUCCAACCCUCUGGGAGUGCUAUCAAAAUAAUUACAUCCCCUCUGCAACUACCUUCCACUUGUGGAAUAGCCCAAGGAGUACCAAUUAGAUUCCGCAUCAAAUAUUUCUGUUUGUUUAGUGGGUUGAUGAUUUUGACUACUUUAAUAAAGCUGAGCCUAGUGUUUGUGAAAGGAAAACCAAUUUAGAUCAAUGAUGAAUUAAAUUAACGGAUUAAUAAUA